AUCUCGACCUCCCUUAUCCAGUUGAGAGCACACUCUUUCUGCAGUGUUCUUCUCCCACGUCUAUGCAUUAGGCUAAAGAAAAACCUCUGAUUUGAAUCUCUCGCUUGGUUGAAUCAAUGGCGUUUGUUCGCCUUCUUUGUUUUCCAUCCACCUCUCAGUUCUACCCCAAACAAGCACUCUUUCUCUCCCAAACAGCGCCCUUAUCAUCUUCUCUGUCAAAGCCCGUCCAAUUCAACCACGCUCUUUUCCCUCCUUUUUCCUCUCUCCGUCUUUCCCCCGCACUUCUCAUUAAAACCCAGAAUUCUAAUCCUUUUGUCUUCCGUUCCCCUGUCUCAAUCCAAGCCCAAACCACCGUUGAAGCCCCGGAAGUUGAAGACUCGGAGACUGUAAAACCAGAAGAAGACGAAGAAGAAGAAGAAGAAGAAGAAGAAGAUGACGAAGCUUCUAGAACCAGAUUGCUGGCCCAGAACGUCCCCUGGACGAGCACUGUCGAUGACAUUCGCCCCCUCUUCGAGCAAUACGGGACCGUUGUUGAUAUAGAGCUCUCUAUGCAUAACAAAACUAGAAACAGGGGAUUAGCCUUCGUUACCAUGGGUUCGCCCGAGGAAGCUCGCGCAGCUCUCAACAAUCUGGAGUCUUAUGAAUUUGAAGGUCGUGCUUUAAAGCUCAAUUGGGCGAAGCCACGAAAGACGAAACCUUCUCCUGCCAUGCAGCCUAAGCCCGUGCCUAUCCACAACUUGUUUGUUGCAAAUUUGUCAUAUGAAGCCAGGGCUAAGGAUCUUAAGGAGUUUUUCAAUUCUGAAAAUGCCAAUGUUGUUUCUGCGGAAAUUAUAUUCCAUGAAAAUCCAAGGAGGUCUGCUGGGUAUGGAUUUGUAUCCUUCAAUUCCAAGGAGGAGGCUGAAGCGGCUCUUGCUGCUUUUCAAGGAAAGCUGUUUAUGGGAAGACCAAUUCGAGUGGCUCGUAGCAGAAGAUUCUUGAGACAAGCAACAAAAGCGAGUACUCAAUUGGAGAAUGCGAAAAAUAAACCAAACCCUGAUGCUGAACAAGCAGAAGCCCUUGAAGCUUGAUGAUGUUACGACCAGUGGGAAUGUGACCUGUGGCACCUGGAACAAUCAUUUCUUGAUGAUCUGAGCUGCACAUUGAGUUCUCAAGUGUUAAUGUCUACCUUCUCUAAGUUGUAUUCACAUUGUUUUUAAUAGUGAUGAAUAGUUUAUUGAUUCUUCAUUUUUCCUGUUGCUGAAUUAGUUGGAGGGGGAACAUAUUUGGUUUGACUAUUUUGCAUGUUUCAACAUGUAUGACUUUACCCAAUCUAUUCAGAAGUGUCU